ACCAUGGAGAUACAGCCGACCGAAUUCCCUCAGUUUGCACUCUUACCUGUGGAGCUUCGCUUGGCCAUCUGGUUCUACUGUCUGCCUCAUCGAGUUGUCCAUAGAGACGAUCCCUUCAUUCUUCGGCGCCUCCGUGAGGAGCACAAGUGUUGGUCUGUGCGGCCAACUCUCAAGAAUGCUGCUCCGCCACGCAUUGCCUCAGUCUGUCGUGAAUCCAGACAAGUCGCCAUGCGCUGGGGCAAGAUGGUUUCGCAGGGCUACAACUGGAGCCUAGGGCCGACUUGGAUUCAGCCCCGUUUGGACACAUAUCAUCUCAACUUUAUCCCUGAGGCUGCUUGGGACUCCGGCGACUAUGACUUGGAUAAAUGCUUGCUUCGAGAGUUUGUCAUCGACGGGUGGAAUUGGCUCGAUGGGGUCCCGUUAUCGGUACCCGCAGAGUAUUGCUUCGAUUUCGACUUGAAAAUGCAAGACAUCUCCAUGAUGCGCGACACCCCUUUUAUCAAAUUCAAAGACGGCUUGGUCGACGAAGAUUUGAACGUGGUUUAUAACGAAUACGCCUACAUGUAUUCGAGACCGUUUACAGAAGUCUCCAUAUCCGCUACCAUGGCCUUCAUCACUAUUCAUGCAAAAAGAAGGCACGCCGUCGCGUCGAGCCUUUUUGGUCUGCUGCUUGAUGCACCAGCGCAACUGGUAGACUUCGAUGACGAGCAAAAGAUCCGAUCAUUUCGCGCCCUCUUUGAGAGCAACAACUCCAACCGCAAAAGGACUGAGAUGAUCGAGCUAUUUUCUCUCGUCUUGUCACCCACCUUCAGGUCUCGCGUACAAGCCUGGAGGGAGAAGGUGGAUUGGCUCAUGAUGGCAACUGCAUGGGUGCGCGCGAAGAUGAAUUGGGAAAGUUGCAUACCCUUCGAGGAUGGCCCAUCUUCAGCCUGGAAUCCGAUCAUCGAAGACUCCUUUGACAAUUGGCAGUUGGUAUAUAGGAGGAACAAGCAUCAGAACUACGAGAACCUGUUCGACAAUGACAACCCCUGGGUGAUGCAGGCCAAAAAGGAGCUGCCGCGAGUUGCACCAAAGAUUCUUUUCAUGCUUUGUACCGAUGACUGU